UUGAAUGAAGAUGCGAAAAAAUAGAAAAUGGUGUGUAGAAAUCAUUUUCUGAGAUGGAAAAAGAAAACUUAUAGCUUUCAAGUUGGGCUUACCCGACCCGAUUCAACUUGCAGAAACGACGCCGUAAGCGGUAUCAUUUCAUCAUCUACCUUGUGCCGAAAACCCCGAAGGCCGAAAGCUCAGGCUAAAGCUCAGACAAUGAACACUCACCGCCCGGCGAGGGCGCUGUCACGUGCGAUAUCACGUGCCAUAUCCCACUCCUCCUUCUCCUCGUCGUCAUUACAACAGCAAUCCUCCACCUUUCCUCUGAAAAACGUGACCAAAUCGAACUUCGAGCCUGCUCUGGCCGACCUGCGCCGCCAUGUUGCCGCCGCAGACUUCGUGGCCAUCGAUCUCGAGAUGACCGGAAUCACCAUCGCGCCGUGGCGCGACUGUCUGGAGUUCGACCGCGCAGACGUUUGCUACCUCAAGGUCAAGGACUCGGCCGAGAAGUUCGCCGUGCUUCAGCUCGGCGUUUGCCCAUUCCGAUGGGACUCCUCCAAGCGCUCCUUCAUUGCUCAUCCGCACAAUUUCUACAUUUUUCCUCGUCAAGAGCUUCCGCUUGCAGGCCCAGCAUUUGAGUUUCUCUGCCAGACUACAUCGAUCGAUUUCUUAGCUAAAUACCAGUUUGAUUUUAAUGUGUGCAUACAUGAAGGAAUAUCUUAUUUAUCCAGAGAGCAGGAAAGUGAGGCGCUGAGACGUUUGAGUUUGGCAUAUGAUGAUGAGUUAUUGGCUAGAUGUUCAAACUUGAAGGAACAUACGCACCUGCCAGUGGUCAAGAUGGCUGACACUCUCUUCGCUGAACGGAUGAAGAACUCAUUCACUGAAUGGCGUGAUGGUUUGUUAAGAAGCAAUAUUGCCCAUGUAUACAGCAAAUUCCUGGGCCCUCUUCCUUCGACUGCUGAAGAAUUUGUCUCAACUGUUAACAAGUACUUUCCACACGUCAUUGACACCAAAGUACUAUUGAACACGGAUGAUGUGCUCCAACAACGGAUGAAGAAAUCCCGAACAUCACUUUCAUCAGCAUUUGCUUUGUUAUGCCUACAAAUUGCUCUUGGGAAGAAAAGCACUGAUUCGGAAGUCCAAAUGUGUGUCAACGUUGAAGUUCAGGUGGAUGAUUUGAGGUCCUCCAACUGGAGUUCUGGAGCCAAACAUGAAGCGGGAUAUGAUGCUUUUAUGACAGGCUGCGUCUUUGCUCAGACAUGCAGUCAUCUCGGAAUUGAUUUUCAGGCCUGUUCGUCAUCUGAAAAGUUGGCCCACAACGAGAAGCUCCAGAAGCAGAUCAACCAUCUAUACCUCAGUUGGAGUAAUGGAGACAUUAUUGAUUUAACCACUGGUAAGAAGAAUGCAAUGUCUUCGGGGUCCAACAACCACAAAAAGAGGUACUCGCAGAUUAUGUCUGAGAACAUUGCUUUAAUCUGGGGAUUCCCAUCAAAACUCAAGGCACGAGACAUCAGGGAGUGCAUUUCAAAAGUCUUUGGCCCAACCUCUGUUACGUCUGUCUUCCACUUGGAUGAAACUGCGGUAUUCGUUCAGUUUAGCAAGGAAAAAUUUGUGUCUGAAUUUCUGGCUUUGAAGGAAACAUUAGAGAGAAGUGAUGGUCCAGUCUCAGUUUUGCAUCCCCUCGCGGGACUUUUGGAAGGUGGAAGCACCCGAGCUGCUAACUAUGAAACUUACAAGGAAAUCUGCAGUUCACCCAGCGCAAAAGGCUUUUUUGCGGAUCAGGCUGAGGCAGUUGGUAUUAAAUGGAAAACUAAAUUGGUUGAAUCCAAGGAAGCAUCAGAGACCCUAAAACGGGAGAGCUUCGAUGAAAAAAGUGAAGUGAAUCCUGCUUCGAAGACCGAAAAAUUGAGAAGAAGUACCACAGACACUGCAGAAAAUGAUCCGUUCUGUGGGCGUCGCUCACAAUACAAGAUGAUAGAUACUUUAAUUGCUUCUGAAGGCGAUCGAAUGAGAACUAAUUAGUGCCCGGCUUUGGGGUUUUGCUGACAUAGUGAUUCAAACUAAUUCAUACAGGUUCUUCUUAUUGAGACAUUGGCUUGAAGCAAUCUGUAGAUUUUAUUACACUGUUAGGAACCUAAGAUUAGGAAGAAAAUGGAAUUGUAUCAGAAAGCCAUUUCUUCUUCUGUAUUGACUCGUGAACUGCACUUAAGAUUCAUACAGCUGACACUACUUAGUGGGAUAAGACUUUAAUGUUGUUUGGAACGUAAGGCUAGUACGAACUUAGUACUUGGCUGGAUAAGAUUAUAUUAUACUGUUACGAACGUAAUGGAGCUAACAAAAGAUUUGGUGCAAAA